AUGGAGCUCGAUCAGAAUGCUAUUUACUACUUCCUGGACUGCCAUCACAAUGCAAAGCGCUCAGGUUCCAUCCCGGCGGUCUAUCAGGCCACCCAGCCGGGCCUUGGUAGCGGCCAAGCGCAUGUCUUAAGUGAGGACAGUAAGCUGUUCGAGCAUUACUUCGACUACGACCUUUAUGCUCGCGGCCCCAAAGACAACCCAACCCCUCCACACAUCAUGGCCGACGAUGCUUCGCAGUCCGUACAUGACUCUGGGAGCACGACAGAGACAUCGUCUAUCCGCACCCCCGAGACCUUGCUAUCCAACCCGGGAUCUCCUUUGACGGACUAUGGCCCCCCCAACCCGGAAGACCACCCGUAUGGGAAUGACGACCUGGCUUCUCCUGAUCUCAAUGAAUUCCACAACCACCCGUUCCUCUUCCCCAGUCUCAAAGAGACACCAAACCCCCCCCGGGAGCAGACUCUUCAGGUUCCCACCAAGAAGAGGUCACGGCCCGACAGUCCGAAUGGGAAGACACGUCGCGUCAGGGACGUGUCCAAGACAAACCAAGUCAGGUCCACCGGAUCCUGCACACGGUGCCGUAUUCAGAAAGUCGAUUGCACAACUUCCGGUACAUGUGAAAGAUGCGUCAAGGCCUAUCCCGGUGACCCAAAUAGCGCCUGCGUUCGUAAAGAACUCUUGCUGACUGCCCUCGACCUGUCCUCUGCGCACUUCGCUGGACUAGAAAGGAAGGCCGAGUUGGAGGCGAACCAUUUGCUCCAGUUCGUGCGGUCACAGUACUACGUGAGCGUCCACAGGGGUCAUGUGGUAUUCGGCCGAGACCCGCAUGGGGCGAGGCUCCCUACCGCACUGCAAAACUACUGUCGCAUGUCAGACGAUGGUCAGCGGCCCAUCUACCAAGGAUGCAUCCUCGCCAGGGGAAGCAUCGGGGUGCCUUCGUGGGACGGGCUGAUCAGGUGGGGCGAGAAGAUUGACUUCCCCGAAGACAGAUGCACAUUCGAAGGCCUCAUCGAGCUCUUCAUCAAGGACUAUUCCGCCCCCUGUCGCACCGGCGGCCCCCGGCGGCCCCAAAUGCAUCUCCUCGACGACGUUCAUAAGAUGAAGGUCAUGUAUAAGAUCUGCUGCGAGGAGAACUUCAACUUCAUCCGCGAGGGCACCAACGCCAUCGAGCCGCUGCCGCUGCCCGUCAAGGCCGAGUUACGGAACAUCGCACGGGGGGCCCUCGCGCAUUUCGAGAAGAGUGCGCUCGGCGCGCUCGACAAGUACCUCGCCCCGAAAAAGGUGCCGGCGUGCGAGGUGCCGGCGCUCUGGGCCUCGCUGUGGCAGCUUCUGUUCAUCUACCGGGACCUGCUGCGGACCCGGGCCCCGUCCGAGACCAACGCCGUCCCGCUGCUCAACGCCGUCGCCGUCUUCUACGCCGCGCACUUCAGGACCUCGGCCUCCCUCAGGCUCUCCCUGGACGGCGUCCGGGGCUCCUGGGACCCCCGAGAGACCGGGCAGGCGGCGCUCGCCAGCACGUUCGACCACGCCUUGCGGCUUCGCGACACCCUUCACCGCACUAUUGCUGCCGGCACAGACCAGAUCGAUAGUCGUCUCAAGGACCUCGUCGUCGAUCCUGAGAUGAAGGUGCUCAACCGGCGACAGCCUAGCAACAAGUCGGCCAAGGGGAAAUAG